AUGAAUGACCAGUAUCACCGGGCCGCCAGGGAUGCUGACUUGGAGCUCCUCAAGGAGGCCACCCGGAAGGAGCUGAAUGCCCCUGACGAGGAUGGCAUGACCCCCACCCUCUGGGCUGCCUAUCAUGGCAACCUGGAGUCUCUGCGCCUCAUUGUGAGCCGAGGGGGUGACCCGGAUAAGUGUGACAUCUGGGGAAACACACCCUUGCAUCUGGCAGCUUCUAAUGGCCACCUGCACUGCCUAUCCUUCCUCGUGUCCUUCGGGGCCAACAUCUGGUGCCUGGACAAUGACUACCACACGCCAUUGGACAUGGCCGCUAUGAAAGGUCACAUGGAGAGUGUGCGCUAUCUGGAUUCCAUCGCAGCCAAGCAGAGCAGCCUCAACCCCAAGCUGGUGGGCAAGCUGAAGGACAAGGCCUUUCGCGAGGCAGAGCGGCGUAUCCGCGAGUGCGCCAAGAUGCAGCGCAAACACCACGAGCGCAUGGAGCGGCGCUACCGGCGAGAGCUGGCCGAACGCUCCGACACGCUCAGCUUCUCCAGCCUCACGUCCAGCACCCUGAGCCGCCGGCUGCAGCACCUGACGCUGGGCAGCCAGCUGCCCUACUCGCAGGCCACGCUGCACGGCACUGCCAAGGGCAAGGCCAAGAUCCAGAAGAAGCUGGAGAGGCGCACAGGGGGCGAGGGCACCUUCAAGGUCUCCGAGGACGGGCGCAAAAGCGUCCGAUCGCUCUCGGGCCUGCAGCUGGGCAGCGAUGUGAUGUUUGUGCGCCAGGGCACUUACGCCAACCCCAAAGAGUGGGGCCGUGCCGCACUCAGGGACAUGUUCCUCUCGGAUGAGGACAGCGCCUCCCGUGCCACACUGGCUGCCGAGCCUGCCCACUCGGAGGUCAGCACCGAUUCAGGCCACGAUUCCUUGUUUACUCGCCCCGGUUUGGGUACCAUGGUGUUUCGAAGGAACUAUUUGAGUAGCGUGCACGGGCUGGGCCGCGAGGACGGUGGCUUGGAUGGAACAGGGACUCGGGGUCGGUUGCAGAGUUCCCCCAGCCUGGACGAUGACAGCCUAGGCAGUGCCAACAGCUUGCAGGACCGCAGUUGCGGGGAGGAGUUGCCCUGGGAUGAGCUAGACUUGGGCUUGGAUGAGGACCUGGAGCCUGAGACUAGCCCCUUGGAGACCUUCCUGGCUUCCCUGUACUUGGAGGACUUUGCCUCCCUCCUGCGGCAGGAGAAGAUUGACCUGGAGGCUCUGAUGCUGUGCUCUGACCUUGACCUCCGCAGCAUCAGCGUGCCCCUGGGGCCCCGGAAGAAGAUUCUGGGGGCCGUGAGGAGGCGCAGGCAGGCUCUGGAGCGUCCCCCAGCGCUGGAGGACACAGAGUUGUGA